CCAUUUCCAAACCUUUCAAACUUCUAACCAAAAUAAAGACUUGGAAAAUAAACACACUUUUAAACGUUUUAAAAACUCCGCGCUAAUUUCAUUUUUCAACCCGCAAAACUCAAAACCUUUACAUUUUUAUUUUCCCGGACUUCUUCAUUAUUUCCCCCCCUUUUCCCCUUUCAAUUCAUUUUCAAUCCCUCUAAAAUCAUAACACCCCCAAAUCUUUUCAGUAAACUUUGCUAAUUUCUCUCAAUCUUCUUCUCUCUCUUCUAACAAUGGAUGCAAAUUUCAAUUCUUUACCACCAUUAAAACGUUUCAGGCUGCUGCAACAACAAGAACAGCAGCAGCAGCAACAGCUCUGUCAACCGGAGCCCAAACCCGAAUCGGAACCGGAACCGAAAUCGAAAGCUUUACCAUUGUCACCAUCCAAUCUCCCAGCUAAAAAGAGAAAAUAUGCCCGAGAUUAUUUUUUUGAUUUCAAUGAUGAGAAAGAAAAUAUUCCUCCUUCAAUUACCCCUCCUACACCUUACUGUUUACCUGCCAAGAAAAGGAUUUGGGCUUUUAAGCCCGAAUUCAGCCCGAUUAAGUCUCCUCCUCCAUCUCUUGCUCUACCCAUUGAUCUGAAUCUGGAGUAUGACCCAUCUGUUGAAUCUAAAAUGGAGGGUGAAGAUGGAGAAGAGGAAUCGGGUCGAGUCGAAAUUGAAGUAGAGGGUGAUGGAGAAGAGGAGGAAGCCGAGGACGAUGAUGGGAUUCUAUGUGUUGUAUGUGAAAGCACAGAUGGUGAUCCAUCAGAUCCGAUUGUGUUCUGUGAUGGGUGUGACCUUAUGGUGCAUUCCAGCUGUUACGGAAACCCUCUCGUUAAGGGUAUUCCUGAGGGGGAAUGGUUCUGUGCUCAGUGCUCAGACUCAAACUCACGGCCUUUGGCUCAUAAAUGCUGCCUUUGUCCUGUCACUAAAGGUGCUAUGAAGCCUACUAGUGAUGGGCGUUGGGCUCACAUUGUUUGUGCUUUGUUAGUCCCGGAAGUUUUCUUUGGGGAUCCGGAAGGCCGGGAUGGGAUCGAUUGCUCGAAGAUUCCUAAGAAGAGGUGGAGGGAUAGGUGUUACCUGUGUAAACAAACCAAAGGGUGUGCUAUUGAGUGUUCUGAGCCUAAGUGUCCGUUGGCGUUUCAUGUAACUUGUGGAUUGCAGGAAGAUCUGACUAUUGAGCUUAAAGAAGGGAAGAAUACUGGUGGAAUUGUUGCUGGGUUCUGCAAAAAACACACUGAACUAUGGAAAAAGCAAAAACAAACAGGAAUGUUCAAGAUUGUGGCCAGAGAUGAGGAGUAAAACUUCUGACAGUUCGGGAUUGGUAGAAAGAUGCUGAAUUCUGGGUUUAGCAAAUACUCCAGUUUUUUUGUUUAGUUUUCUUGGUUUAAUGGUAUAAGGGAUCAAUUGACCUUAGAUAGAUACUGACCUCGAAGUUAAUGUGAUCCGAAAUACAUGCUAAUGGAUUGUUUUUGUUUACUUCGUAUAUUCAGUGACAGUACUCUGUCAUCGAACAAUUGCAUGAUUUGCAUCUGCGAUUCAAGUAGAGUAUAAAAGAUGUUUAUUUAUGUUUA